GCAGGGCAGGUUUGGUAAUUGUGAUCCAAAAUCAAAUGGGAUCACUUCAGCCUGCAAUCAUCUCAAUUGAUCUCUGAUUCCUUUGAUGCUUUCCUAGCUGGUCAAAUGAAUCCCUUUAAAAAUCCACGGCGGCCAGUUCAGGACCCUCAUUCAAUUUUAGAUGCUGAUGAUACAUGCCAUGCAUUUCCAUUUCAAAAAUUCUCUUCCUGACCAAAAUGCUAUAGCUUCUGGCGGAAGUGUGUAUUCCCAUGUCAGCAGUCAGGACAUCGGUUCUAAGUCAUUCAAACACCCCAAUCUAACAGAGGCCAAUAUUCAACAAUCAGACACAGACUUGACACUUUGUUCACGAGUAUACAAGGAUGAAAGCAGUCUGGGGCUCUCAGGCAUCAACUGGACAGAAUCUUUGGGACCCUUUGAUCUCGGCUUGUCUUCCCGCAAAGUUUUCAGUGCAAACGAUAUUAGCAUCGAUGGCAUUGUCAAGUAGUAUGUUCCUCUUGAAGGUAUGAAUAAACGACACACACUAACACAAACUGUAAGGAGAAAAAAAAAGAAGCAAGGUAAAGACUUUAUUUUACAUCAUAAACAUU